AUGUCGAAUUCAAAUGAAAACCAAUCAGGAGAACACGAAGGAAAUUCUAAUGAGCAACAAGAAAAUAAUAAUACACCAGUAGAUGCUGGGCAAAAUAAUAGCCCUACACCUGCAGUUCAGCCGCGUCAAUCACGAUGGGAUUUUAUUAAAUCCUUUGGAUUUCGUAUCGUAAUGUUUUACUUUGUCACACAAUUUUUUCGUGGAUCACCAAAAAAUAAUACAGCCGGAAAUGUUACUUCGCCAGGAAGCUCUAUUCCUGGUUAUACACCCGGAAAUCUUUUUGCAAAAGGAGAUUUAUUGGAUAUGUAUUUGUUUAUCAAUGAAGAAGAAAUCUAUGCGUACGAAGCGUUAAAACGACCUAUCUGGGAGAUCGAUGGUCUAAAAUAUGGAGAUUGGUCAUCAGAAGGAACUUAUACAAAAUUUAUUGAAUUUCCUAUUUCAAAAAAUGUGCAAAACAAUGGAUCACUUUAUUUGCAUGUUGUUGUAACUAAACAUGGCAAUUCUAUUGAUCCUGAUGAACGUGAAUCUCAUUCACCACAAUUUGUAUUUUCGAAAAGCAAACGUUUAAAUCGAUAUAAGAAAAAAGUUUAUAAAAAAACAAAAAAUCUUCUAACAGGCAAUACAGAACAAGAUGAAGAAUAUCAAAAGAAAGCUGAGGAUAAACUUGUUGAACUUUUAUCUCAUUGGCAUUCAAAUAUGACCAUCAAUUUACUUGAUGAUCAAUCACCAUGGGCAAAAGGCAGUGUACCACCGCCCAUGGAUAAAUUUUUUGAUUUUGAAAUUUAUACGGGUAAAUAUUAUCCAGUACUUUAUUUGAAUGAUUAUUGGAAUCUUCUUUCUGACUAUUACCCAAUUAAUGAUACAAUGAGUCAUCUUAAUUUAACAGUUACUGUUGCUCCAAUACAAUUGUGGAAAUGGCAAAUGUAUGUUUCACAAAAUGUACGUCAAUCAUGGUAUGGAAAUAUACUUGGCGACGAAGAAAAUGAUGACGAUCAAGAUGCUAUGAAACGUGCACUUGUUGAAACUAAUCCAUAUUUACUUGUGAUCACUAUUGUUGUAUCAAUCGUACAUACCAUUUUUGAAAUUUUGGCCUUUAAAAAUGAUAUUCAAUUUUGGCGAACACGAAAAUCUCUUGAAGGCUUAUCUGUGCGAAGCGUUUUUUUCAAUAUAUUCCAAAGUUUUAUUGUCUUAUUAUAUGUGUUUGAUAACGAAGCAAACACAAUGGUUCGUAUUAGUGUGUCAGUCGGUAUAAUUAUUGAAUUAUGGAAAGUACCAAAAGUCCUCAAUUUUGAACGUGCACCGAAUGAAACAUGGCUAGGUUUCAUUCCAAAAUAUAAAUAUGUUUACAAACAAUCCUAUACAGAUACAUCAACAUCAGAUCAUGAUCGAAUGGCUUUUAAAUAUCUUUCAUGGAUGUUAUUUCCAUUAGUUAUUGGUUAUGCAUGUUAUUUGUUAAUGUACCAUGAACAAAAAAGUUGGUAUUCGUUUUGUUUAAGUACAAUUUACGGCUUUUUAUUAACAUUCGGCUUUAUCAUGAUGACACCACAAUUGUUUAUUAAUUAUAAACUUAAAUCAGUGUCACAUUUACCAUGGCGUAUGAUGACAUACAAAGCAUUAAAUACAUUCAUUGAUGAUUUGUUUGCCUUUGUUAUUAAAAUGCCUACAAUGUAUCGAAUUGGGUGUUUCCGUGAUGACAUCAUAUUUUUUAUUUAUCUUUAUCAACGUUAUAUCUAUCCAGUUGAUCGUAAACGUCUUAAUGAGUUUGGUACAUCAGGUGAACCAGAUUCUGCUCUUGUAGCAACUGGAGAACAAUCACAGACAGAUACAUCUACAGAACAACACGCAAAAACGGAUUAG